AUGGAAAACAUCAUUAGCAUUACAGAAAAAAGCACAGAGCAGUUUAUUCAAUUCUUUUACCCAAGUUAUGAUACACAGCGCCAGAAUCUAGGAAAUUUAUAUCGAGACUCCUCUGCGAUUUUGUGGAAUGGAAAUGCAUUUUCUGGAGCCCAACAAUAUUCAGAGUUUUUAGGUCGUUUACCAUUGUCACAUCAUGAAAUCGAUGUCUACGAUUGCCAUCCUUUACCAGCAACUAUGAACGCACAAGGAGCUUGCAGCAUUCUGAUAAAUACUUCAGGCACGGUCAAAUAUGGCGACAAUCCUGCUAAACGUCAUUUCGCACAGACUUUUAUUCUGAUGCCAGAUGAGAAGCAAGCAGGAAAUUACUAUGUUCAAAGUGAUAACUUCAGGUAG